AAGCAGAAAUGUCCCAUAGGAUUAUCAGAAGCCACACACUGGUCAGUCACAGCAUGAAUCAGCUACAGGCUCCACACACUCACUGGUUUGGCCGUAACUGCGCAAUCCAGGCUACUCAAUACAAGUCAAUUACAUCAUGAAGGAGAGACGUUCGCGAUGCCUUCAGAGCGAUGGGAAAAACUGAAAUCGUUUGAGCGACGAUGAAUAAAUCAGCACAGAUGACUGGAGUGUGUGGGGAAUUUGCUGACACUCACCGGCACUGAUGUGACGUUUAAGGGGCGGGAUGAGUGGAAAACCUUGUAAACUACCGCUGGGAGAAAAAAAAUGAAUGCCCUUGAGUUAAGUUUUGUCAGUGUGAUUACUUGCAAAGUAUUGGCUAAUAUUAUAAGGGGACUUUAUGUCUAAGGGUAGUUUUUUUUAAAGAUAGUCUCUGUUGAACUUUUUGAGUGGAAGAAAGUCACGUGUCCCAAUUUCUAAGAAUAACACACUCCAUAUAUACACUUUGAUAACACCUUUUUGUGUGCUACUGCUCAUCAAAAGCACCGGACUGCGUCGAUAUAUCGCAGAGAGAGUGCCAGUUUACGACGGCUAGUGAACGCAUCAUCGCUACUUCGUCUCAGCCGUUGGUGACAGCUAGCUUAGAAGUUUGUUGGCCUGCAUUAAACAUUUGUGUUUCUGUGUUUUCUUCGACAUUCGUGCCAUUAGGCUAUAAAACCCCAUUACCUCCCGAUGACGGUCGACAGUGAGUCUUUAAAAGCGAGCAGAACUCAUUUUGACGAAGCUAGAAAAAGUCCGCGGGGAAGUUCCCUAGGAAAUCCCCUGUUCGGGGAUAUUAUGCUCGAAGCUGGUGCACGAUGACCUCCUCGGUGCAUUUCUGAAGACACACGGCGGGGAGCAGAGGCGUCCAAUGCUGGAUUAUUAAAAAGACGAAUCCUUCCGUCAAAUUUACAAAGCCCUUUGCAAUGGAUAACGUCAGUAUAAACACGGAUAAGGACCUGCUGAAAGACAAGGUCCGGAGCUACAGCACGCUGAACUCUCUGUAUCAUGAGACGCAGCAGGAAAUCGACCUUCUCAACAAAGAGAUCUAUGUCAAAGACAAUAUCAUUGCAGAUUUGAAAGCGAGGCUGGGGAGAUACGAGAGGAUCUACAUGUCGCUGGGAGAUAAAGAGUCUGUGGUCAUAGGGCCGUCCAAGUCUUUGCUGGAGAGCUUGUGUAAAGAGAUAUGCAAACUCAAACAGAAGAGGAAUGAUGUGGAGUUCAAGGCAUCUAGACAGGCAGAGGAGAUCCAGAGGCUGACUGUGCAGCUCAGAGAGAAGGAGCUGGAGCUGGAGACUGUCAGGUGCCAGCCGGACCACGAGAAGGACCAGGAGAUCCAGAGGCUGCGGUCCGCCCUGGAGGACAGGAAGCGGGCCGAGUCCACCAGAGCCGUCCUCUGCACAUCCCUGGAGGAGGAGGCCGACCAGCUGCGCAGCCAGCUCGGCGCAACGGUGAAGGUGUGCCAGGAGCUGCUGGCCAGGCUGGAGAAAGAGAAGAAGGGGGGAGACGAAGUGGAGGUUGUGGCUCAACAGCAGAACGCUAAGGAGAUGUCAGAGUCAGGUGACGUAAGUAGCGUGAACACCCAAAUCUGUCGACUUCAGAAGGAGAAUCAACAGCUAAAGGAGCGAGUGGCAUAUGUUCAAGGUCUGAAUUCUCAGUGGCAGAAGUAUGACGCCAGCAGGGAGGACUACAUCAGAGGUUUAUGUCAGAGGCUGAAGGAGACCUCUGCGCCGGGCUUGAUGCCGGUGCUGGGCUCUGUAAGCACUGGGUUGCUUCAUCAUGAGAUCUCCAGGCUCAACGGGUUACUUGACGAGAAGAUGACCGAGUGUGAGCGGCUGGACAGAGAAGUGGAGGACAUAAGGAGGCGAGACCAAGAGCGAAUCCAGACUCUGGAGCAGCAGGUACUCAUCUAUGCAGAUGACUUUAAGUCUGAGCGUGCAGACAGAGAGCGAGCGCAGGGCCAGAUCGAAGACCUGAAGGAGCAGGUUCAUCAGUUAAAACGGCAGCUACACAAACAGGGAGCAAGCAGAGAGAACAGAGAAGUGGUUCCCAUGUGUCGUGUGCACAUAGGACACAGGAUCUCCUCAAGGCGACAUAAGGACUCUUCAGAACCUCUACUGAUGACCACAGCUGAGAUGCAGAAACAGCCUGCAGCUGCAGCAGCAACAACAACAACGCCAAACCCCGGCUGGAACAACUGCCCGGGCCUGUCGGAGCUACAGUGCCCGCGGUGCCUCGCCACGUUCAACGACAGGGACGCUGCAGAGUACCUGAACCAUUGCGAGGAGUGUGCCAAACUAUGAACGGAACAACACUCAUUUGGAGAAGACAGUUAUCUCUCGCUGACAGUAACUCGACACUGAAGAGCAGCACUACACGGCAGAAAAACAACUUGAGUGGAGUUUCCAAUUCGGAGAGACUUGACAACAAAUGAAACGACUGACUUCAGACGAUUGGACACAGUGAAGCAAAACUGUGCAACCCAAAGUUCCCCUGUCGCAAGAGAAAUGAGUUAAAAAAAAAAAAAAUCCAGUGUCUGGUUCUUAGUGAUCUCCUGUUGCAAUACAGGGGGUUGUUGUGGUGGAGAAGUGGAUGCCAAUGCAAUAUAUCUAAUAUCAUAUACCUCAAUGUGUCAAAUUACAAACCUAUUGCACUUUCUUGACAUUUCGCCAAAAAUUAAUCGUACGAUUAAGAGAUUCAUGACACAUAAGCUUCUAAUUUUGGAUCUAGACAACUAGUUGAUAAUGUGGUGCUAUUAGUUGUUUCAUGAUUGAACUCUACGUAGUUCUGGUCUGUAAAUUAUAUAUUCUUAAUAACAGAUUUAAAAUAUAUAACUAUUCUAUUAAUAUUUAUUCUCUUUGCAUAGUGAUAGAAAAGGCUAAUUAUUUGUAGUGCAAUGUUUUGUUGCCUUUUUUCUAUAAAGCCAUAAAAUUCUUUUUUUUUUCUGUAAACUUUUGGGAUCAAAAUUGUAAAAUGCAACUGGAGAAAUGUUUGACAUUCAAUUUUUUGAAACUGUUUUUUUAAAAGACUGCAUCCCAACUGACAAAAAUGCUUAUUUUUUUUGGAGAUCUGGUGCUGUUUCUCUUGAGCUGGCACAUUAUUUUUGUAAUAAAAGUCUGUUCAGCCUCA